GCGUCCCAGGCCCAGGGCAGCGCCGGUCCCUGCGCCGGCGCCCGCGGGUCGAGCGAGCGCUGCGCGGGGCUGCGGCCGCCGCUCCCCGCCGGGCGCGCCUUGGACGGGUCCGGAGUCGCGGCCCCAUUAUGGUCAGCCAUGGCGUGGCUGCCGGGCGGGCUGGCCGAGCUGCGCUGGGGCGCGCUGGUCGCUCUCUUCGUGGCGGCGCUGGCCACGCUGGCCGUGUACCUGGUGCAGUACGCGCUGCUGGCGCUGCGGAGGGGCCGCCCGCCGCCGGCCCCCGCUCCGCCGGUGCAGCGGGACGAGCUGCUGGAGGAGGGCGGCUCGGUGCUGGCCUGGGCGCUGUCGCGGGGCAGCUGGAGGCGGCAGUGGCGGCGGGCCUGGGUGGCGGCGCUCCGAGCCGAGGCGGCGGAGCGGGCGGAUUCUCAGUUGCUCACGUUUGAGGAAGAUGACCCAGCAGAACCACUUGAGCUAGCAGUUAAAGAAGUUACCAGUAUUGUAAAGUCAGCUGGAGAGAAGGUGGUUUCCUGCAAUGUUGUGGGGGAUUCUGUGAAAUUCCUCGUUGCUGUCUCAGCCCCUCCGCCCGCGGCUGCCGAAGCUCAGUCGUGUUUUGUGAAGCUGUCCCCAGUCCACCUGCAGCUUCAGCUCUAUGUGAAAGACAAAGGAGAAGAUGUCAAAGUUGAGUGGUUCCUCAUUAACACCGAUGAAAUCAACUUUGAAAUCCAGCCAGCAGUGCAGGAGGGACAGACAGCAGGGACAUGUGCAAUAUCUGAAACGCUCAUAGAUGUCUUGAAGAACCUCUUCAGCUCAGCUUCUCCAUCUGUAGAGUUGAGUGUGAGGCCUGCAGAUCCAAAGGAGGUUCAGAAUGUACAGAACACGAGCCUUCUCCCUCAGGGCACGAGUCCUCCCAAGCCUCCGAGGGCUCACGACCUGAAGCUGCUGGUGAGGAACAUCGCGGUGAAGCCGAGCGAUCUCCGUGCUGCAGGCAGCACAGACCUUGUGUGUAUAGUUCAGUUGAAUGACCCUAUGCAGAAGUUUUCCAGCUCUGUAGCCAAAAAUGCUGCACAUCCCUUUUGGAAGGAAGAGUUUAUCUUUGAACUAAGUGCCAAAUCAAAAACGUUGCAACUGCAAAUAGUAGAAGAUGGAAAGUUGGAUAGUCCUUUAUCCGGGCAGGUGACUGUCCCUCUGGACCUGUUCAGGAAGCAGCCCUGCGGCCAGCACAGCUUUGCACUGAGCAGCUCGGAGCCAGGGCCGGGGCUGGGCUCCGUCACUGCAGAGUUCUCUUUUAUAGAGCCCAGUGAGCUGAAGGCAAGGCAGGUCUCCUCUCCAGUGCUGGCCACCAAGAUCGAGAAGGACCGCACUGUGAUGCCCUGUGGGACUGUGGUCACCACAGUCACUGCUGUGAGAACCAAACCUCGUCUGGAGGGGAGAUCCUCCCCCCUGAGCACAGAUUCUCCUGUGAAAACUCCAGUUAAAGUAAAGGUGACUGAAAAGGAUUUCAUUGUUGAAGCCCUCCAUUCUCAUGGUGCUCCAGUCAGCAAAACUUUGUCAUCUUCAGAUACAGAGCUGCUGGUACUGAACGGCACAGACCCCGUGGCAGAAGCAGCCAUUCGGCAGCUGAGCCAGUCUGCGAGGCAGAAGCUGAAGUCCCCUCGGAAGAAAAGCACCAUUAUCAUAUCAGGGGUGUCCAAGACCUCUUUAUCUCAGGACAGUGAAGCUGCACUGAUGAUGGACUAUGCUGCAGCCAUGGACAGCUCCUGCAGGGAAGCAGAUCCACCCUCUGUGGAGGAAGCUGUUGCAGAAAUCACCUCUGACAAAAAGCAGUCACUGGAUGCUUCAGAAAGAGUCCCUGGCAGCGACCCACAGCAGAGCACCCACAAGGCCUGGGCUUUGGAGAAUGGCAGCCAGCAGUGGGACACCAGCACACUCUUAGACCAGACCUCUGAAGAAAUAUCUGGGAGCUCAUUAAGUGUUUCAGAAACUGGGAGCAUGAAAAAAUCUAAAGGUGGGAUUUUGAAGAAGAGCGCGAAGCUGUUUUUCCGCCGGCAGCACCACCAGAAGGACCCGGGCAUGAGCCAGUCCCACAACGACCUGGUGUUCCUGCAGCAGCCUCUGUCUGAGGAGAGCCGCAAGAAGGGAGGGACACUCUCACGAAUUCUGAGCAAGAAGCUCCUUUCCAGGAACAAGAGCAGGAGCAAACUGAAUGGGGCUUCGGGAGAGCCAUACCUAUGAAGCCAAACCCUCUCCGAUGGCAUUCCUGCUCACCAGUUGAGCACUUGUUUACAGAGCAGUACUAGAGAAUACAGAUAUGGCUGAUGACUUGCAUAAAAGGAUGUUCACUGUUAACAGUGGUCUUUUUGGUUUAUUUUUCCAAAACGCUUUUUCUCUCUGAUGGUGAAGUCACUUCCUCUAAAUACGAGCAGUGCUGAAUGUGUCCAGCUUUUGGAGGAGUGUGUGGUUUCUUCUGGAAGAGGAGGGAGGAUGAGCAAUGGUGCAGGUGGGGACCAAGAAGCCACUUGAUGUCCUGGGGUGCACUGGGAAGAGCAUUUCCAGCAGGUAAUGCCCCUGUGCCCAGCCCUGGGU